AUGUUUCAUUCGCCGGAGGAGGGCGCCUCUUCGGAACCUAAGGUUGUGAAGAAACCAUUGGUUAGGGGACCGAUCAUGUCUUUCUUGGAAGAGCAUGGUUCCCGCUUUGACCAUGCUGCGCCAACCCCACAGGAUGCUGAACCUUUUCCUGGCCCACAAGGCCCACCAUCCCCUGCGGUGUGCAAGGUUGGGAAGAGCCUUGGUCGGUCAGGCUGGGGCUCUCUUCUCAACCUGAGUGCAUAUAAAGCUUUGCAUCCUGCCUGGAACCAGGAGCCUGACCUUUUGCACCUCGCCGAAGGGCUUGAGGAGCAAUGCCAGGAGGGCACUUUGGAACACUGGGUCCUUUUUAAGUCUUUGGAGGCCACUGAGAUUCAGGAUCACAGCCUUGAGACCUGGGCCCGCAUCGCUCGUGCUUCUGAGGACUUAGUCCACUCUGUUUCCUCGGGUCAGCCUCGUACUUUCAAGUUUGUCUCGGCAAAUGUGACUUCCUGGAGACCUGAACUUAGGCAGUGGCUGGUCUUUCACCAGUUUGAUGUGGCCUUGAUUCAGGAGCACCACCUUUCGGAGAGGGCCUUUCAUGCUGAAACGGUGGCCCUCGCCAAGGCAGGCUACCAUGUCCAUGGCCAGCAUUCUCCUGUUCGCAAGCGGGAGAUUGGGGGUGUGAUGGUGUGUGUUAAGUCACAUUUGCAGGCCAGACAUGUUCACACCUUUCAGGAUCCUGAAACGGGCUGUGGUUUCGUAGCUGUCGCUAUUCGGGUGACGGGUUUCGACUUAGCCCUCUUGUCGCUGUAUCUUGAGUCAGGCAGCACUUUUGAAGGCCGGGCCAAUACCCUGGUCCUGUCCAAUAUGUAUGCAGUGAUUGCCUCGCUCAAGUGCCCGUGGUGCGUGGUUGGAGACUGGAACCUAGAUGCUUGUGAGGUCCUCGCCACCAGGCUUGAGGACCUUACAAAGGGUCGGUUACUUGGUACUGGGAUGCCUACUGCAGGCACAGCAGCCGAGCUGGACUAUGCACUGGUCCACCCCCGGUUGGCCUCGCAUCUUUCGCUUGAGCUUGCCUGGGAUGUUCCCUUUAAGCCCCAUGCGGCGCUUAAGUGCACCCUUCCUCUGAAGUCUUUGCAGGACCUCCAGCCAAAUUUGCGCUCCAUCACUGACACCUUUGACCCCAUUCUUGACGACCAGCGCAAUUUGCAACCCCCGGUUGUGUCACCGCAGAGGGUCACCCUCCUGGAAAUCGAGGCUUGUGACCCCGCCUCCCUCGCCUUUGCGGAGUUUUCUGCUACCGCUGAGGCCUCAGGUUUACUCGGUAGGUCCAUGGGCAGGGGGGUAAACUUGCCGACGAUUCGUCAGCCGGCCGUGUCGCAACCCCCCAAUGACUACCAGUGGUUUGGUCACGAGCACUCUGUCUGGUCCCAGCUCGCAGGCCGGUUCAAGGCUGGGGGGCCGCCCAAUGAAACCCUUUCCCUGCUCUCCAAGCUCGGCCCUGAGCAUCAUCAAUGGGCAGACGAAGCCCGGGACAAGCUUGCUAAGACCGCUCAGCAGGGAGCGCAGGCGGAGUCAUAUCAACAAUGGCUGUUUGGAGCCCUAUCGGCUGGCAUGGGGCCGGUGUAUCGUGCUCUUAAAAGCCACGAACAGACUCUCGCCCGGCCCUUUCGGGACCAGUCGGCCCUUGCCCGGGCUUACUGUCGCAUGGAGUUCUGGAGCCGCAUCUGGGAUGCGUCAAUUGUGCCGCCGCAGCCUCACCUGUCUGCAGAGCGCCUCGCCUUAAGGGCUGAGGCCCUGCAGCAGGCGCAGGAUUUGUCACCGCUAUCUUGGGAGCAGGUCAAGACAGCGUGCCUGGCCACGGGCAACAAGAAGGGAGGCCUUGAUGGUUGGUCGUACAAGGCUCUGCGUAACCUCCCUGACUUCUGCUACCGACAGCUUGCGGGGCUCUUUCGUCUUGCUGAGACUGACCUUACUUUGCCGCUUCAAAUGCUUACGGUGCAGGUCGCCCUUCUUGCAAAAACCCCAGAAAAAGAGCGCCCCAUAUCUCUCACAUCGGUCCUUUGGCGAGUGUACAGCAAGCUGCGACGCCCGCUCCUGGAGAGCUGGUUAAAGGAGUACGCGGCCUUUGCCCCUUUCGACUCCGCCACCCCAGGACACACUUCCCUUGACCCAGCACUUUCUCGCUUGAUCAAGGCAGAGGAUCAUAAAUUUCGCAAAGUUACUUUCAUAACUUUGUUCGUUGAUCUUGAAGGUUUCUAUGAUGGGGUAGAUUUUUCACGACUGAUUUCACAAGGCAAAGCUUUGUCAUUUCCACCCUUGCUUUUGGAACUUAGUCUUCAGCUUUACAAUGGGCCUCGUUGUCUCCAUGGCGAGGGGGUCAGCACUGUUGCUUUGUGGCCCCAGAGGGGCAUCCUUCAGGGGUGCCCGUACGCACCCACGGUUGCAAAACUCACCACUCAUGCUCCGCUGCAGGGCAUCUCCCAGCACCGUGGGGUCAGCCAUGCUGAUUUAUGGCUUGAUGACAUCAGUGUCGAUGUGUCUCAUGCUGACCCGGAGGUUGCGGCCUCUUUGGCCCUGUCGGCCUCCAGGAAAUUGGAGGCCCUGCUUUCCGUUGAGAAGCUUUGCGUUAACAAAACCAAAACCAAGUUUGUUGUCAAUAGUGCCAAGGCGGCCAAAGCACUCAACAGUAUGCGUGUUGAAGGCGAUCCUCAGGUUGCUGACUUGGUCCGGGACCUUGGACUUGACUCGGCAGGUGCCAAGCGCAGAAGGGUUACGCAUGCUUUGAAACGCUUCAAGGUCGGCCGCGCCCGAAACCAGAAACUUCACCAACUUGGCACAGGCUGCAAAGCCCACAAAUUGUAUGCCACUUCCAUUCUUACGGCCGAGAUCUAUGGUUGCCAGGGACAGGGCUUGUCCCCCAAAAGGCUCAAGGUCGUUCGCGCAUCCAUCUCCAGGCAUGUUGGGCGGUCCAAGUGGGGCUCUGUCGACGUGUCUCUGGACUGUAUGUCCUUCCGUUGUCAAGACCCAUCGUUGACAGUUGUCCUUGCGCAGGCUGAUGCUUUGUAUAAAAUGUUCGGCCCCUCCACGGCACAAGGCUGGGAAAUCCUAGCCCGCACCUGGAAGGUGGCCUGGACUCGCCAAGAGGCGGCCGUGCAUGGAUGGAAGUGUGUUGCAGGCCCGGUUGCUGCUAUGGUGCAGUAUUGUAUUGAUUUGCGCAUCAAUGUCAGUGAUCCUCUGCGCUGGGUUCAUAGCAGCGGGGUUCUUCUGCUUGAUGUCACCAACCCUGGCCUUUUCCUGUCAGUUCGCCGCUUUCUCACUCAGGUUGUUGCCCUUGAAAGGGCUUCCCGCUUUGGUGCAGUCCUCACGGCCCAAGGCCUUCUUCCGCCGGGCAGCACGGUGCCUCAGGGGGAGUCCCUCGCAAUCAUUGAAGCCCUCAAGGCCACCACUGGCAGCUUUGAUCUCACAGGUGAUUGCAAGCCGGCUCUCAAAGCCCUGGCUGCCAGAGCUCUCAACAAAAAACAUAUCCCUGAAUGGGGUCCAGUCUGGCAGGAGCGAGCAAGGGCUCAACCGCACUGGGUUAGGAGCCACUGCACGGCUGAGGCCUUUGAGGCUGAAUUCCCUGGUCAGCUUUGGCGCCGCGAACUCAAUGCCAAAGCAGACACUCUCGCAGGGAGCCGAGCUUGCGCCUUGGCACAGGUUGGUGGAGUCUCCACCCGAUCUAUUGCCAGUGCCUUUCAAUCUGCCAGCACCUCCGGUGCCGGCCCUAUGCCAGAGCGUGUUUCUGCAGUUCCUAAGCUUGGCCUUUUGAGCGCUGCCCAGGUCAACCCUUCAGCUGGGCCUGUCGCCUCCUCUGCAGCGGCUGCCCCAAGUUUGCCGGAGUGCCAAGGCGAGGUCACUCAGUCCACAGGAGUGCAAAGAGCAGUUGGUCAGUCCGUGUCUGUAGGUUUGCGAUCUCAGUUAGGCAUGCCAGCAGCUGUUCCGCCAGUGAAGCCUAAGGCCCAAGGCCUGCUAAGCAUGGCGCCUAAGCAAGAAGGGCGGCACAUAUCCACGCAACUCCGCCGUGAGGAGCGGGGAUUAUCAUGGAAAUCAGCGGCGACGAUAGACCGACAGCGGGGACGUAAGAAAGCCCGCAAACAGAAGAAGCGCCGCGCACAAAAUGAGCACGCUGGCAGGAGAACUGAGGAGGCUUGGCCGCCCCCAUCACCUCCACCAGGACCUCGUGCGGAGGCGAGACAUCGUGAAGCUGAAGAGCCGCCGUCCGACUCGGAGGAGCCCUCGCCUUCAGGGCUGAGGGCUCCCUCCACUGCGGCUGCUUCCAGCAGCCGGGGCCCAGCACGGGAGGAGCCCUCGCCUUUAGGGCUGAGGGCUCCACCCCCUACUGCUGCUGCAUCCAGCAGCCCGGGCUUACCUUUGCAACGACUUCCAGAAGCUGAAGAGCCACCGGUGGACCAGGACGACUCCAGCAACUGUCUUCAAUCUGACAGCAGUGAGACACCACAGCCUGCAGUCGCGCUGAAAGAUCGCCCAAGUGACUUUGGCCCUCUUCUUCAUGAGGAUGGCCUAAUCACUUUCUUAUGUGUAGCUGCGCCCCAGGUGAAGCAUCCGGUGAACCACUACCAGUGCCUUCCGGAAAGCCUUGAAGUUUACCAUGACUUUGUCACAGGUGGGCGAACAAAAGCUGCUCGAGCGAGACGGCUGGGUUUCGGAAAGUCCCGGACAGUUUACGUUGACCCUGGCUCCUCGGAGCACGUUCUGAAGUUGGCGCCACCACAAGGCCACGGGCCAGAACCGGAAGUUUGGAGACUGCUCCCUUAUAUAGUGCCGUGCACUUUGGAUGCGGGUAUUCACCUGCUCACGCUUUCUUGGAAGAGCUGCUACGAUAUCAUCCCCACGCAUGUUUUGAGGCAGUCUAGGCUCACUCCACUUUCGGUGUGGAGGCCAGCUCCGCCGGACCUUGAUAUGGUACGCUACAUGAUGGCACUGACUGCGGAGGCCUCCCGUUUCUACAAUCUCAAGGAUCUUGGCUUUUUCAACUUUGGUGUUGAUGCCCGUGGCUUCAUUAUGUUGUGGGACACCGCAGACUGGCUUCCAUGGGAGGGUCAAAGGGCACACUGGCCGAACAGACAGCGUGCCUCGGCUUUCUGGAGCGCGGUCAAGAGGAGUGUUCCAGACCACUUUCAGGAGCUACUCCAGCUUGUCAGCAACGCCUCGCCUGAGGAGGUGCUGCAACGGCUACGACCACUCCUUACGCAGCACUACAAGUGGUGCCUGCUACAGCAGGGAGUUUUUCUUGGUGACUAG